CUUUACACUGGUACACAAUGCACCAACAGCGAACGAAAGAACCUUAUCUCAGAGUAUAAAAACGGAACACAGCUUUUUUUGUAAUUUUUCUUGUCAAUUUGUCAAUGUCAUUACAAAGUCAAAAGUCACCCAUAUCAGUAGGUUAGUAAAAAAAACAAUGGAAAAUAAAUUAAAAUGCAAAAUAGGGCCUUCAGUUUUGAACUCAGAUCUAUCUCAGUUAUAUCUAGAAUCCCAAAAAUUAUUAGAUAAUGGAGCGGAUUAUUUACAUCUAGAUGUUAUGGACGGCAACUUUGUUCCUAACCUAACUUUUGGUCACCCUGUUGUAAAAUGUCUUAGAAAAAAAAUACCGACUGCCUUUUUUGAAACCCACAUGAUGGUACAAAAUCCCGAACAGUGGAUUGAACCCAUGAAUAAUGCAGGCGUAAAUUUAUAUACAUUCCACAUAGAACCAGUUAUUAAUGAUGUAAUAAAGGUAUGUAGAAAAAUAAGGGAAUCUGGAAUGAGAGUCGGUUUGGCUUUAAAACCUGGUACAGGAAUUGAGGAUGUAAGAUGUUAUAUAGAUCAUGCUGAUGUUAUAUUGGUAAUGACGGUUGAACCUGGAUUCGGAGGACAAAAAUUUUUGUCAGAAAUGAUGCCAAAAGUACAGUGGUUAAGACACAAUUACCCCUUAUUGGAUAUCGAAGUUGAUGGGGGAGUAGGACUGAAUACUAUAACUGCAUGUGCUGAGGCUGGUGCUAAUAUGAUUGUAUCAGGUACAGCAAUAAUAGAUUCAAUUGACCAAGCAGCUGUAAUGGCAAGUCUUCGAGAGACUGUGGAAAGUUCUAUCCACAAAUGCAACGUUUAAGUCUGUGAAAAAUGUGAUUCAUGUUAAGUUUUAUCUCCCAUCUGCGUUAUUGAAAUGUAUUCCAUUUAAAAAAAUACUUGUUAAUAUUUCAAUUUUUCUUCUUUACAUAGGAUGAAGUGGGCCUUGCAUCAAUAUUUAGGGUAAAAACAAAGCUCUUUUUUGACCUUCUGAAGGUAUAACAAAAAAUUGAAAUACUGUAUUGUUUCUGAUUUGAUCAGACAUUUAUAUAAAAUAUAAAAAAUAUAUCCAGAUUUUCUAUUGGAAUUUUAUAUAUUAUAUUAUUAAAAUUUCCUUAACAAGUUUUAUUAGUAAAAUAACGGGGUGUUGUCAUAUUUGAUCAAUAUAGCUAAUAAUUAAUAAAACUUUUUAACAAUGUAAACAGCUCAAAAACAUUAUCUUCCAAAUUUUUUAUACAGUUUUGAUAAAAAAUACAUUUUUGAACAUUGUGUUCAGAUGCCCAUAAGGGGUUGGGGAGUACCUGUUUUUUAUAUUGAAAGUGUAACUUUUGUUUUUCUUAUUUCAUAAUUGCAUAACUCGUAGCUACUAAUAUUGAUUUUUGUGCACCAGAUUCAUAAAUUAACAUUUGUUAUUACAUUUUUGGAGAAUUCAGCUUUUUUUUAAUUUUUCUUUGGUUUGUUUUCACUUUGGGGGUGAGCAUGGGCGCCGCCACACGAGAGCAAGGGAGGGGGCGUCUGCACCCCAUCCCUCCGGAUUUAUGAUUUUUUUGCCAUGGCUUUCGACUAUAGCCCUGCAAUGUUUUGACCCUGCCAAUAAGACUUGUCCCCUCUGGAAUUUUUUUUAACGACGUCUUGGAUAGAACAAAAUUUUGUAGAGGGAAUUAGGGAUUUUUUUUCAUUUUCAUUAUUUCUAAAAAUGGCAAAAGCUGAGCAUUCUCAGCUUUUUCAAUUUUUCUUUGGUUUGUUUUCACUUUGGGAAUGAUGGUUUAAUUUUUAUAAUAUAGGUAGGAGAAUUAAAUAUUUCAUUUUAAUUUUUUCCAAAAAUUUCAUUUAGUUUUGGAUUUAAACCGGUUUUAUCACUUCCCUUUCUUUCAUAUUUUAUUGGCCGAAACAGUUCCUUCAUGCUCUAUAAACCACUAUAAUCAAAUAUUAUUUCGGAGAUAGUUUAGCAAUUUUUCCACAAAUUGUGGCAUGACCCUAUAUAUUAACAUAACCUCAUGUUUGGUUCUGAUCCUACUGAUAUAAAAAACUUUUUUCACAAGCAAAUAUUUAAAAUUGAUUGGGAAUAUAGACAGUGCAAAAAAUAGAGAACAAGCGUUCCCCAAACCCAAAUUUGGACAAAUUUUUUUGAAAAUAAAAAUAUUUCAAAAUGAUCAAAAAUAAAAUUGGUCGAUUACAAAAAGAAAAAACAUUCUUAAUUUAUACCCUCUAUAUUGAAAACUAAGUAUUAAGAGCUUAUUGUAUCUACCUUAUAAUACAUCAGUUUUUGAAGUUAUAAUUUGAAUAUUGUUAAAUUUUCUUUAUUUUGCCAAUUGAUAAUUCUAAAAUUUAUUUUAAAUUUGGUAAACAAUUCACUCUACAUCAAGCUAUGAAAUUUAAAUCUUUGACUUAAUAACUAAGGUCAAGUUUAGAAUGUGAUAAUUAUUUUAAAAUAAAUGUCCAAUGAAAUCCCGGUAGAAAAUUUAUUAGACAAUUAUUAUGUAAUAUAAAUAAAGGAUACUAUUAGCCCAACAGGCAAUUGAAAUAGAAUGAUAAUUGCACUACUCAUAAAUAUACAAACUCCCAAUUUACUGAACUUACUAGGAAUAAGAAGUCUAGCUGUUGAGGUCGGGUUGUGUAAUAUUGUUUUCAUAUCAUUUUUUUUAUCUCAAACAAAUUUUCGUGACGGAAACAAUCGUCUCUUCUGCAAUUUGUAUUUUUUAUAGUCAGGGGAAACUUAAUUUCAUCAUUUUUAUUACAUAUGAAAAUGAAAGUCUGAAUUUUAUAAAAUGUUAUUGUGUCAUUUAAUAUAUAAAUGUAAUACAUCGGCAGUUCAGUGAAAGCAAAAAAGAACCUAAUAAAUAAUAGAUGAACAAAUAGAGUAUCAUCAUAUCCCCCCUUGGCCUUAGACCAGCACUACUUUUAGUAGGUAGGGACUUUUAUAUCUUUAUUAUUCAACUCGUAUUAUUUAAGUUUCUUUAUGCUCUUGGCGAAGUUCUUACCUGCAUUGGAGAUUUGUCUAAUCUCUAAACAAAUUUAAUACAAAGAAGAGAAAGAAAAAUCCGUUAAUGAUCAGAAAACCAUGAAAUUUGUAAUUGAACACCCUAUUGCCAUUACGGAAUUAAGGGAUCCAUCCAUACAACCAAAAAUUCUCCUAAUUUCUUAGGGAAAAGUUGAUUAUUUUCAAAUUUUAAUAUAGUCUGUUAAAUCCAUCGAGAUAGAUACUAUGACGAUGCUAAAGGGUCCACAUCUUUGCAUUACAUUUUUACGUCAUAUGUCAAACUCAAGAUAUUGAUUGUUAAAUCUCUUGAAAUAUUUAACGCCGUGUUUUCUAUAGUCCAUAGGACUUUAUCUUGUCAUGGUAGGUGACUCUGUGUACUCAGUAAAAGAGUUCUUAUACUUUUUAUUAUAAGGACUGAAAUUAUCAUUUUAUUUCAGUUCGCUGAAAUUUCAUUUGCUUUUUUUUAGGGCUACAGUAUUGUUGUAGGACCCAUUUUGUUAAAAAUGCUUUUUAUCGUUAGUACCAGGGUAUGAGUAUUUGUAUAACAUUUUGUUAUUUGUUAAAUAGAAAAAUAUUUUUUUAUAUAAUUUAAUUUAGUUGGUUUAGUAAUGAGGUAUAUUG